AUGUCUAGCAUCAAGGAAAUCACCAGCGUGGAGGACUGGGAGCAGCACGUCUCGUCGCUGCUGCCAUCCACGCUUCUGAUCGUCUCUUUCCAUGCGCCAUGGGCGGCGCCAUGCGCCCAAAUGGCGAUCGUGCUCUCGACGCUGGCUUCCGAAUACCCCGUGACCGAGCCGCCGUCGACAUCGUGGGUCAAGAUCAAUGCCGAAGAUCUGUCCGACAUCAGCGAGGCCUACAACGUGACCGCCGUGCCAUUUCUCGUCCUCAUUCGGAACGGACAGGUAUUGGAGACAGUCAGCGGGAGCAGCGCGGUCAAGGUGCGGGACGCCAUCGAGCGCCAUGCGAGCAAGGCUGGCGCAGCGACGACAACUUCGGCGAAUGGGCUCGGAGCGGGGGCGGGCGGCAACAGUGAGGGCGAAGUCACGACCGAAGAAGACCCGGAGAAGAAGAAGCAGGAGCUUUUCAGACGCCUCGGCGACCUGGUCAAAGCCGCGCCUGUUAUGCUGUUCAUGAAAGGCACACCCAGCGAGCCAAAGUGCGGUUUCUCGCGACAGAUGGUGGGGAUUCUGCGCGACAAUGCUGUCAAGUACGGCUUCUUCAAUAUUUUGGCAGACGAUGAGGUGCGGCAGGGGCUGAAGGAGUUUGCCGAUUGGCCGACGUUCCCCCAGCUCUGGGUUGAUGGUGAGCUGGUUGGAGGCCUCGACAUUGUCAAGGAGGAGCUGGAGAACAACGCCGACUUCCUGAAGCCGUAUAGUGUGAAGGCGAACGGGGACGUCUCGGCAGGGGCAUCAUGA